GCUUGCAUGUGUAGUGUGGUAGUGUGUGCGCAGGAAUGGCGGAAGGUCAGUAGAAAGUUUCGUUCGUGUUUUCAAAGGUAUCGAAGCCUUCAGGCUCUCUUCAGCAGAUGAAGCAUAAAGCAAAGGAAGAUGUACAGUACAUUGACUGCCUGGACAGCAAAGCAAUAAUAUUUAAGAAAGGCGAGGAUAAGGAAGAAAAAAUCACCAGUUUAGUUAUACCACUGAAUAAAUCCAUCCAUAAUAAAUCUCAAGAAAAACUGAAAGAAGAUGUAAAGAAAAAUGAAAUACAUACAGCUAAGAUACAAACACAUACAGGUGGAGGGGAUAGUAUGAAUAGAAACUCAUUAGAUGAAACUGCUGUUAAAGAAAUUUUGGAAGAUGUUAAGAAGUCCACUGAAGAUACAAAAAAUUAUAAUGCUUCAGCUCCACAAAUACCAAAUUUGAGACAUGGAACUGGAGAUUCAGAAGAGUCUACUCUUGAGGACUACGAAAGUAUUCCUGUAGUGGAUUUUGGUAUGGCAAUGCUGAGAGGCAUGGGUUGGAAUCCAGGAAAAGGUAUUGGUAGAAAUGAGAGGGUUGUGACAGCAAAUAUGACUGAACCGCGUCCCAGAGGAGUUGGUUUGGGAGCUGAUAAAUUGGCUUCUUUGUCUGUACUAUCUCCUAUACCUCAAGAGGAUGGAGAAGAAUUAAAAGUAAUAAAAGGAGCUUAUGUACAGAUAAUAUCUGGAUCACACAGGGGACAGUAUGGUCAGAUUGAGGGCUUCAAUGAAGACUCAGGAAGGGUCAUAGUACAUUUGUCACGCCAUUCAUCACCUGUAAGUGUUAAUGAGGCUGCUUUCAAGUUAGUAACAAAAGAAGAAUUCAGUAAGAAUUCGCGUGUUCUGAACUCUGUCCAUUGUCCGGUGAGUGUGGUUGUUUGGGCUCUAGUAAGCAUACAACUGGGAUGGUGUCUGCUCAGAUGUGUCCAGUUACGAAGAGUACAAGCAGAAAACAGAUGUCAGUCGUGAAGUGGCAAGGCAUGGCAAAAAGAGACAUGCAAAUUAAAAACUGACAAAUCAUUCAAGUCACUGAUUGAAAUGAUGCUGUAACUUAUCAUAUACAAAGAAGAAGAGAAAUGUACAUGUACUUGAACUGUCAUUCCAUGAAGUGCUUCAGAAAACCUGUAUGAGUAACCCAUCAGUGAAAGCAUUGAAAUCCCUCAGUAUAAUUUUUAAAUAUCCCAUUAAUUCUUGCAGUGACAUUUCUAAAUUGGCAUAAUAACAAUCUGUAUGAAAUAAAUGAAAGAUACAAGGUCUAUUCGGAAGGUAACCUCCAGUGAGCUGUUAACAAAAUUAAAAGAAAUAUGUACAAAGAAUACAUACAUACAUGAGCUACUUUUCAGCAUAGUCACUGUUGGAAUUGAGGCACAUGUCAUAUUGGGGAAUAAGUUUUUGUGUGCUUGUAUCAAAAGUCAGCCACGUCUGAGCUCAGCCACAUUUUAACACCUUCCAUCAACUCAUUAUUGUUGAAGCGCUAUGAUCCCAUCCAGUUCUUCAGGUAGAUAAACAGGUAGUAGUCGCUGGGAGCAAGAUCAAGGCUGUAAGGAGGGUGGGCAGACAGCACCCAGUUGAAAUGCUCCAGCAGUGCUCGAGUGUGAGCAGCUGUAUGUGGAUGCACAUUGUCGUGGAGGAACACUGCACUGAAUGUCAGCAUUCCAUGUCUUUCGUUCUGAAUGGCCCUGUGCAGGGUUUUUUUUUUGUGCUUUGCAGUACACUUCUGACAUUAUUGUGAUCACAUCAUCAGCACUCCUUUUCUGUCCCAGAAAACAGCUGUCAUCAGCUUCCUGGCAGGCAUGCUUAAAAAUGAAAGCUGAAUCCAUUCUCUGCAUAUUGUGCUCACCCAUGAUCAUUUUCGGAACACAUUUUUCGUAAAACUUGUGAUAUCCUAGCCUGUGAUAAUCUUGUAGAGAACAGUGUGUGAAAUUUGUGGAAAUUCACACAAAAGUUCUGAAAUUGUGAAGCUGAGUCUUUCGCAUACUUUUUGGUCAAUAUUUUGAACAAAAUAAUCACUCACUACAGAUGGCUGGCUCUUCGUCAUGAGCAUUUGUUUGUCUACCCAUCUUUGAAUAUUCUACACCAUUUUCUCACAGUUCCUUCCAUUAUUACAUUUUGGCCAUAAACUGCACAAAAUUUACGAUAGAUUUCUGAGGCGCACAUAUUUUUAGCAGACAGACAAGAAUAAACACUAGGUGACCAGUUAUGUGAUGGUUUACAAGGUUACCUUGCGUGCAUGAGCUCUCCUCCACUUUUACAUUAGAUGCCUAAAAUAAACGGAGCUUACUUUCUGAAUAGUUCUCAUAUUUUCACUGCUCUUUCACACAAGACUAAUUUAUAAUUUUACCUUAUUUGUAGUGUUGUAACUGCCAACUGUCUAGAAAAUGUGGGAGCCUUGGCAUAUCACAACCCUGUGGGCCUCAACAGCCUGUAUACAUAUGUAGCAGUGGGAAUCUGAUAGAAUUUCAGAUUUAUGUUGUAAUUUUUGGAACAACCAUCCAAACACAAACUGGCUUCAAGGUCAGGACACCAGUAACUUGAUACAUUCCUCUCCCAUUUUGAAUAUACCACACACACUGUUUCUGAGGUUUACAUUUCUUUGUGGUGGCAGAAAUCCUAUCCAUAAAGUAGUCUUCACUGAAUCAUUUGGAGGUAGUUCAAGUGAAGGAUGCCUGUGUACAGGACAAGUUGUGCCAGACCCAUGUUUUUCUAUGAGUCUUUUGAUGAAAUGUGGUCAGAGUGUGGGAAAAUCUGCUGUCAUGUUUGCUAGCAGAAAGCACCAUAUUACAUACCACUUGGAACCCUUGUUUUUGAGUAGUUAUGGUUGUAACAUGUAAUCUUUUGGUUAGCUCCUCACGUGUGAAUCAGAUGUAACAGGCCAUAUUAUUUUCUUACCUCUCUACUGACACACAUCUCAGUUUGUGUGGUAUGUGGAGAUUAUUGAUAUACUCUUCUUAUGUCAGGCCAGAACUCAUGCAUCUUUUGAAUGCUGACCAAACCAUUUUGCCUUUUUCAGUUUUUGGCCCCCACAAAGGGCCAUGGAAUAACAAACUGAGGAGUAAAGACAAAGAAUCGCUGAUAGAUAAAUUUUCCGACAUUAUAUUAAAAAUUUUAAAAGAAAAUGUGCCUGAAAUAACCAGUUUUUAGAUUAAUAUCAUGGAUCAGUAUCCCACACCUAGCACAUGAGCUGUACAUUUUCUUUUACCUUUCAGUUCUAGGUAUUGGUGUAGAUGGGGUUUUCAACUCUAGCAGAUACUAAGUCAAAAUCAUGUAAGUAUGCAUUCUGUUUCUGGGCUGACACUGACACAUCUAGAGAGCAAUACUGAUAAACAUUUAACAGAAGGAUAAGUGCAGGGUUCUUAUGAAUGCAAAUCCUUCUCAUGGCCACCAUGGCAUAAAGAGAAGCUUUAGUAAAACAGUCUCUUACUGAUCUUUUUCAUUCAUCUUUGUAUUUUAAAAGAUAUUUUUGUAUUUUAUUCAGAAACUUUAGAUAUAGAUUAAAAAUGUGUUAAAUGAUGAA